AUGAAUUGGAUGCAUGCAGAGUUAAGAAAUGUGACUCUCAAUUCAGCUGCAGAUGAUGAGCUACAUUGGUCUCUUAACAGCAAGAAGUUUUUCACUGUCAAGUCAACUUAUGAUAGCCUUGCAAACCAGGAUAUUGCAAUUCCAGUUCAUGACAUUUUCAAGUUCAUCUGUUCGUUAAAAGUUCCUCCAAAAAUAGGAGAUAUGCUGAGAAGAAGAGGUAUUGAAGUACCUCAAACCCGUGUGUUCUGUUCUGAAAAUGAGACUACAGACCAUUUGUUCAUUCAUUAUGUGUUUGUGAAGAAGAUCUGGACUUACUUCAUUGAAAAGCUUAGGUGGUUCUUCACUUUAACUCCAGAUGUGGUAACUCUUCUUUUCUCUUGGACUCUACCUCAAGAUGAUAAGAUUCAAACACAAAUAUGGAGUAUUAUUCCAGCUGCAAUACUUUGGUGCAUUUGGAACGAGCGCAACAACAAAUUUUUUAAUGGGAAGCAAAAUUCAGACAAGACAGUGAUUGGCAAAGCUCAACAUGAGAUGUUCUGUUGGUGUUUGGUUUUCAAGGAAUGUCAGAAUCUCAAUUAUUCUGAUAUUAUUGAUAAUUGGCCAAGGGCAUUUCUUAAUCCUUCUUAA